AUGGCAUAUUACUCACUGGACAACACAAUCAACGAGUUCUUCUCCGCCUGCACAGUCACACAAGAGGAAUGCGACAAAACCGCUGCAAAGCUUACAGGCAACCCCGUCGAGCCAGUCCAGCUGCAAGGCGCCUUCAGCUACACCGUCACAGCCGGCAAUCUGAUCGUGCAAUUCCGCGAGCCCAAGUCCCCCCUGGACACGAAGACGCUAGAUCUCGCCCGCAAUAUCUACGGCAGCGUCGUACCCGCUUGCACCUACAAAGGCACCAUGGGCCCAGCGCCCUCGCUAUCAGUCUACGUCAUGGACAAGGUCCCCGGGCGCUCUUACAUCGAAGCCCGCCUGGCACGGAGCCCGCCUGCUUCGUGGCUGGAGCAGGCAGUGACAGAUUUCGCAAGGUUCUUCGCCAAGUCAUGGGUAAACCGACUCCCCUUGCCAUACCACUCCGAGCUCACCCUCGCCGACCUACAGGCCAAGUUCGACCUGCUUGCGCGCGAGCUUCCAACACGGUUCAUCAGCGCCAUCACCACCCUGCGCGCCGAGCUCCCCUUGCUCUUUACCCCGGGCUACCCGCUCGUCCUCACGCACACGGACCUGUGCGAGAUGAAUGUCAUGGUUGAUCCGGAGACUGGCGGGAUCACGGGGAUCAUCGACUGGGCUGAGGCGAAGGUGCUGCCGUUUGGGAUGGCGCUGUGGGGGGUGCUGAAUAUGCUGGGGAGCAUGGAUUCGCGGGGGUGGACUUACCGUGCGGAUUCGGCUGAAUUUGAAAAACUGUUCUGGGAUACGUUUUACGACAUUGUUGGGCGGGUUUCGGCUGAGGAGGGACGGGCUAUGAAGGUUGCGGAGAGGGUGGGCUUGGUUCUUCGGUAUGCGUUUGCGUGGGAUGAUGGGGUUUCUGAGAGGGUGGUUACUGAGGAGGAUUCGAGGGUUAAGUACCUGGAUGCGUUUUUGCAUCGUCUACAGGAUUGA